UCGUGGGCGCACUUCCCUCUCCAACCGUGACCUCUAGCUGCAAAAGGCCUAUUGUUUCACCAUAGUUAACCGGGGUUCAUUAGAAAAUGUCUGUCUCUUUAACCUCUAAACGAAUUGGUAUUGUGAUCUGCACUGAUGUCGAGAAGUGGGGUUGGGCAGAAGCAGCUUUGGAACUCUACAAGAAGCUCUUUACCCGUGAAGGAGAUGAAAUCGCCGAUUUCUUUGCGAUUCGAGGGAACGUUCCAACCGAACACGAUGUUAACAAAUAUGACGCGUUUAUCUUCUCGGGAGGCGCUAACUCUACCCAAGAAGACUUACAGUGGAUAAAAGCAACAAAAGAGUUUAUCGCAAAGGCCUCAAUGCUUGAGCGAAAGCCCAAGAUAGUGGGUAUCUGUUUUGGCCAUCAAUUAAUAGCCGAUGCCCUAGGGGGCAAAGUUGGGCUAAAUCCUGCGAAGGACUUCGUCUUGCAAAGCGAAGAAAUAAAACCAAGUGAUAAGGGAGAUGUGCUGAUCAAAGAGCUGUUCAAGAAUGGCCCAAUAAAGAUUCUAGAGUCUCAUAGUGAAUGUAUCUUAGAGCUUCCUAAAGGAGCGAAAACUCUUGCUAGCUCAUCUUCGUGUGAACACGAGGUUGUCAGGUUUGCUGACAACAUUAUUGGGGUUCAAGGGCAUCCUGACCUAUCUCCUAGCGAUGUUGAUGAGAAAAUUGUCCCUUAUAUUGCGAAGAGAUAUAACUGGGACGAGAAACACACACAACGAGUGAAGCAGUCUCUCUAUGAACCACUGAACUCAGAAGAAAUGAAUCAAGUACUGGUGAAAUUCCUACACUCCUGAUAAGUUAUGCACACUCAUUCGAUAAAAAUCGAUAUCAAAAAACCGAUCGAUAAAUCGAAAUCAAUCGAUAACCCUUGAUUUAUCAAUAUCGGUUGAAUCGGAUGAUCGAUAUUAAUCGAUACUCACUAAACUCUUCCCAAUUAAGGUAAUCGAUUAUAUCGAUUUUAUUGGUACCUAUUGAUCUGUGCAAGCAAGAAUAUAAAUAGUGUUUACCCACAAAAGGAUUACCCACGAAUUAUAAACCUAUAUUAUUGUCAUACAAUCUUUUUUUUAAGCACCUAUAAGAACCCUGAGGCUCAAAUUUUCCCAAAACGUAAGACCAUUUUUAUACAUUUACUGUAAAAAAUGCCCAUUUUUGCCCAGGCUGGAAGUCGAUUCUUAGACGUUCUUAUAAAAAGUGUCUACAUAUUGCCCUGGUCACUGUACCUGUAGCACAAGUAAGGUUCAAAUCUAUGAUUCGCUCUAUCUCUCCAGACUGCAGAAAUUUGUUACAAGUAGUGUAGUAUACACUAUUUACACUGGAUUAACUUGGUUUUUACUGUCUGACUACAGCAAUGAUUUUGCACUACUACAAGUUAAUUGUGUAGCAUCAAUAAACAUUAUUCUGGACAGCUGUGUCAGUAACUACUGUGGAUAUUACUAGUUGGUGUUGGUUCCUUAGUUUUCACGUUUUGUUUGCACAUUGGGAUUACAAAAACGUUUGUUAAAUUUCUCGUAAACAUCUUUUUUUCGGAUUUAAUCAAUAAAUCGAUAUAAAUUGAUCAGGUUAAUCGAAAAAUUGAUAGCUAUCGAUUUUCCUCACAUUUUUUUAUUGAUUGAUAUCGAUUACCGAUACAAUUAACUAAUUUUAUCGAUUGAAAUCUAUUAAUAUCGAUUAUCGAUUCUAUCGAUUGCCCAGGCAGGGUUAUGUCAGAGAUGAAACGGUUACUCUAAUUAUUUAAUCCCAGCUUUUAUAUCUUUUUAUAUUUUUAUUUUAUUUUUUCUAUCAAUAGUUUCACACAAAAAAGAGAGUGGUGUGUUAUUUACUGGUGAUUAUGAAGAGAAAGAUAUAUCUGCCUCCAA